CACUGGCACCGCUCAAGCGAACAACGCACGCACACGGCCGUAGAGAACGAGAGACACAGCAGCAGUGAAGAAAAAGAGGCCAGGAAAAAGGAAAAAAAUCACGAGCAUGGGGAGAAGGAGAUAGAGAGGGAAGCCAGCCUAGGGUUUCGAUCCCGCCAUGGACGCCGACGACGCGUGGGGCCGCUCGUCCUCCGCCGCUGCCAGGCGCCUGCAGUCGCGCUACGAUCUGUACAUGGGGUUGGACGACGCGGACGCGGGCGGGGAGUUGGAGCCUCGCGGCGGCGCUGAGACCUACAACUGCCCCUUCUGCGGCGAGGACUUCGACUUCGUCGCGCUCUGCUGCCACAUCGACGAUGAGCACGCCGUCGAGGCCAAGAGCGGGGUAUGCCCCAUCUGUGCUACAAGGGUUGGGAUGGACCUGAUAGGACACUUGACAAUGCAGCAUGCAAGUUACUUCAAGAUGCAACGCCGGUGCAGAGUCCGAAAAAUAUCUUCAGGGUCCCAUUCUUUGUUAUCUUUGUUGAGAAAGGACUGGAGAGAUGGCAGUUUGCAGUCAUUUCUUGGUGGAUCAUCCUAUGUAUCUAACCCUCCUGCUGCAGCACACGAUCCAUUUUUGUCAUCUUUAAUUUGUAGUUUGCCUGUGGCUGAACCAUCCAAAGAUUUACAUUCCGACUCAUCUGACAAUAACUUUUUGCUAAAUAAAUUCCCAGAUGAAAAGACUGUAGAGAGGUAUGUCACCUCAAGCUUGUUAUUUCUGCCGCCUCAUUCAGCUCCCUCUUUGCCAAGAUACCAUUGUAUCUGAGCUAAACCAUCUCUGUCCGAGAAGGAUCAGAAGGAGAGGGCUCAAAGGAGCGAAUUUGUCCGUGGGCUUGUGCUCACGACAAUAUUUGAUGAUAACUUGUAAAGGAUAUCAUGAACCUUUGAUAGCAGCCGCACAAUAUAGCCAAGGAAACAACAAUGAGAAUUAUCUGCACCUCUGCAAUCUUGUCCGUGCUGCAGCGGCACUGCUGCUCACAGGCCUUCAUGGCCAAACAGGAGGUUCAUCAAGUUUAUGUAUAUGCGUAUGGCAUGUGUAUGUAUGUAUGUAUGUUAUCUCCCUGCAUUUGCCCAUAGUGCAACAGGAGAGUAGGGGAGGAAGGUCGUGGUUUCCCAAAUUUCCACGUCAAAUAGAUCAGGACACUGUCCUUGGGGUGGAAUUGUGCAUAUACGGAAGUGGGGAGCUACUCGCCAUGUUUUAAGAAAUUCUAGUUGAUCGUUGUAAUAAUACACAGUGCUUCCUUUUAUCCUUCCAAUAAUCCAAUGGAACGUUUACUUUCCAAA